AUGGAAAUUUUGGUCAAAGCACGUGAAUUACUUCUCUCUCAACCACCUAUGGUAGAAAUUGACUCACCUGUUAAAAUAUGCGGAGAUACUCACGGACAAUAUCCGGAUCUUUUACGAUUAUUCAAUAGGGGUGGUUUUCCUCCUUUAUCCAACUAUUUGUUCUUGGGAGACUAUGUGGACAGAGGAAAACAAAAUCUUGAAGUUAUUCUUUUAGUUCUUGGAUAUAAGUUGAGAUACCCCAAGAACUUUUUUAUAUUACGAGGAAAUCACGAAUGUGCUAAUGUAAAUCGUACGUAUGGCUUUUACGAUGAAUGUAUGCGAAGAUAUCAAAGUCAACGAAUGUGGCAAUCAUUCCAGGACACAUUCUGCGUAUUACCACUAACAGCAUUGGUUGGAAGGAAAAUUCUAUGUAUGCAUGGUGGACUAUCACCUCUUCUUGAAUCACUUAAUCAGCUUAGAAAUAUAAAUAGGCCAACGGAUGCAACAGGACAAACGCUAGAAAUGGAUCUUCUCUGGGCUGAUCCUGUCAUCGGACUUAAUGGCUUUCAAGCAAACAUGCGAGGAGCUUCAUAUGGCUUUGGACCAGAUGUACUGGCAAAAUAUUGUGUUACGUUAAAUAUUGAUCUGGUGGCUCGUGCACAUCAAGUAGUUCAAGAUGGUUAUGAAUUUUUUGGAGGGAGAAAACUUGUGACAAUUUUCUCAGCACCACACUAUUGUGGACAGUUCGAUAAUGCUGCUGCUAUGAUGAUUGUUGAUGAAAAUUUGCAAUGCUCAUUCGAAAUUCUCCGUCCGUCAAUCAAUAAACCACAACCGAAAAUCGUCCCAACAGCUAUGGGAUCUCCAGGAGCGCAACCUUGCGCAUAA